AUGGAGGCUCCAUCCACCCCACCACCCUCGACCUCCCGGUACGGCGGCGCUCGCACACCACCAUCGCCAACGUAUGGUGCCUUGCUCGAGGAUUGGGACCCGUACUCGCCACGCCGAUCUACUAGAAGUACUCUGGUGUCGAACAAGUACAGCACCCCCAACAUCUCGCGCACCAUCCACAACAACGUCCCGCCGCUGAACUCCAAUUUCUCCGUUAAGCCGGCGUUCACCCUCAAUGACGUACUCUCGCCGCCAAGCUCACCUAUGAACAUCGGCGCAAUGACCCCGCGCAAAGCCGACAAUCACAAGACGGACAAUAGCAACAUCAAUGAGAGCGGCGACCCUUCCUCUUCCAUCCGCAAGACAUCGUCGCUAUUCCCAACACCAGCUAAGACGCCCUCCCUGACUCCCGCCCGCAACCACCAGCGUGUCGCCAGCCUGCAAGACACCGCCCGCGUCCUUCACUUCCAACCCGAGGACCCCGCCGACGCAAUGCCCACCCGUCGCGAGAGUCGCAAGCACGACACCACCCGCGCCGGCAAGUCUCAAGGCUUCGACCUCGACGUUGGCGACUACACCAAGACCGAGCAGAACUCCAUUGCCAAUGGCUUCGAGAUCUACACCGAGUCACAUGCCCGCGUUCCGGAGAAGGACGAGUCUGAAGCCAACCCAUUCUACCGUCCACGUGCGCACACCAUCCCACAGACUCGCGACAAGCCAAAGCGUCGGUCGAAGAAGUCUGCGGCUAUGAUUGCUGAGGAGCAGCGCAUGGAUGAGGCUGCAGCUCGAAAUGAGGGCAUUGUCUACAACUUCCGCGGCCGAAAGGUGUUUCGCCGUUUUGAAGGUGUCCCGCCACCAGAGUCAGAUGACGAGGAACCUGGCAGCUCCGCCUACCAGCUCGCACUCAAGCGCGCCGUUGGAAGCGCGGCCAGUCGCCCGAUGACUCGCAGCUCUAUCAAGCCACGCCUGCUCUUCCAAUCAUUCGACUCAGGAUACGGUGCGAGCGACGAUAUCGAUGAAGAGGCGGAGACGGAUGUCGAGAUGGCUGAUGUGGCAGAAGUCGCGCACAUGCAAGAGACGGUCGAGGAGGUUCCUGUUGUCGCCACUCCCGCCAAGACGAAGUCGUCGACUCAACCGAUGAUGAGCCCACCGACUACUAAGCGCGCGUCCAGGAAGCAUGACGCCGAGUACUUGCCAGCUACAGCAGAUGACGCUGUCCACCUGCCAACACCAGCCCGAUCUGGCCGUAAGAAGAAGGUGGAAAUCAACGACGUUCCGAUUUAUCACGACGAUACUCCUGAGCCAGUUGCUACCGACGAGGGCGUUUCAUCCGAGCCAGCACUUCCCACUCCCGCCCGCAGCUCGCGCAAGAAGAAGGUCGAGACGCAUCUUACGCCGGUCAUCGAAGAGACUGAGUCGCCCGGCGGUCGCGACACUUCCCCAGCGCCGGCCUUCCCAGCUGGUCGUCGCAAUGUGCGCAGCCCAUUCGACGACUGGCCACGCACCAAGGCAGGCCACAAGCGCGAUGGCGAGCCACUCGAGGGCGCUUCAUCGGGAGCCGCCGGCAAGCGCACUCGCAAUGCUGCCCGUCAGUAG